AUGAGUGAUCAAGAUUUAAGGACGUUGAAAUUUAUAAACUCUGAACUCCUGGGUCGCAAGAGACCUACUAUCGAGAUAAUAUCUGACGACCCAGCAGAUCAGCAACCACCUCCAGUUUGCAUGGCCUUUCUUAGCACAGAGACAACCGAAGACAGGGAACAAGUGCUACUCGAAUGCUCAGAACUUUUGAAUGCUCUAGAACUUAAUGAUGUGACCCUUAAGAAGCAGUUCCACAAAUCCUAUUUGGACUUCUCAUUCAACCAUGCACUGCCACCUCAAAUGAAGGCACUGGAUGCUUCUCAACCAUGGAUCAUGUACUGGAUUGCAUGCUCGCUACGGCUUAUGGACGAAGAAUGGCUAAGUCAAGUGGUUCAGCGCAGAAUGGCCGAGAAACUACUCAAGUGCUCAUUAGAAAAUGGACCCUUCUGUGGCGGCCCCGGACAAGAUCCUCACCUAGUAUGUACCUAUGCUGCGGUUAAUGCCUUAGCUCUUUGUGGUAAUAUCGAUGAUUGCUGGGGUCGAAUCAAUAAAAAGGAGAUAUACGAAUGGUUGCUUUCGCUUAAGUCGAGCAACAAUGGUUUCAAAACUGGUACAGUCGUGGGAGAGUGCGACUCCAGGUCCACGUAUUGCGCAUUAAGUGUUGCCUCGAUGUUAAAUAUUCUUACGCCAGAACUAAGCGAGGGAGUGGAGCAGUUUUUGCUGGACUGCCAAACUUACGAAGGCGGAUUUGGCGCAUGUCCUCAUGAAGAUGAGGCCCACGGUGGUUACACAUUUUGCGCCGUUGCUGGCCUAAUGAUUUUGAAAGGCCUCCAUAAGUGCAAAGUUGAUAGUCUUCUAGAGUGGUGCAGUGGUCGCCAAACGAAUGGGGAAAAGGGAUUUUCUGGAAGAAGUAACAAGUUGGUUGAUGGUUGUUACAGUUAUUGGGUCGGCGCCGUCAACACAAUUUUAGAGAUUCACGGGUACGAUCCGAGUGUUGACAAAACUGCUCUGCAAGACUACAUACUGAAGUGUUGCCAGUCUACGGAGAGACCGGGGUUAAGGGAUAAGCCUGGUAAGUCGCCUGAUUAUUAUCAUACGGCGUAUGUCUUGAUGGGUUUUUCGCUUACCGAGCAUUCUUACAAUACCACAGACUCAUCAACGGCCAUUAGCGUGAAGCCAGGUACCAAUCAUUCCCAAUUGAACGCAGUCAAUCCUGUCUAUGGUAUUCCUAUCCAUGAUUUGGACCAGUUUCUAAAGUUCAUGUCUACUUAG